AUGUCUUCCUCAUCGGUGGUUCCUGUUGUUUUGUGGGGAAGUACACCACCUUCUCAUUGCAUCUCAUGUAUUAUUACUACCUAUGAUCAGAAAACAAUUGUUACUGGCUCUUCAGAUGGACAGCUUGGUGUAUGGGACUUAAGGUUCGCGGAAGAUGGUGGCAUCAAGGUAAGAACUACAUGAAAAGCAAAUUAAUUUUUGAUUUUUUGCAUAAUAAAAUUACUUUAUAUUGUUUUGUGUUUGUUGAAGUAUAUAGCAAGUAAUAGUAUAUGGCAAUUUUGGAUGUUGGUUAAGGUUUUAUUAAACUGUGUUGCCUGAUUACAAGCACAUUCUAUAAGCACAUUUUACAAACCCAAAUACACAUUAAAAUUGAACUCUUUAUCUAUUUUUGCUGCAGAUCAUCCCAAGGAACUUAAUUUUUGCCCACGCAGCAAAAGUGACAGCACUUGCAAAAGCUACUGAUGGAUGGGACAAUCAGUCAAGCAUCAUCAGUGCUGCUGACAAUGGGUAAGGCUAGUGUAGCUGAUACUGCACUGAACUAAUAAAAAGAGUAGUAAAACAGGUGGUCCCCGUCACUCACAUAGGCGCUUUCCAUUCAGCCCAAAUUCUGGAAAUUUUGGUUAGAAAUCAAAUGGAACAGACCAUUUUGGUUCGGUCCGACCAGAAUCUUUGGGAUCACCUAGAAGGUUGUACCCAGUGCCGCUCUUCUGUAUCCUGCUUACAAGUGCAAUAACAAUCGCACAGUGGUUUGGGUCAGUCUGUGCAACCGGAAUGUAUGUUCCAUUGGGCCCGUGGAAUUUCUGAAAUUUCAGACUGGAAUUUUUGUUGAAUGGAAAGUGCCCAUACAUGUAAAUAAUGUGACCACUACUCUGUAUCAACCUUGUUCCCAGGGUUCUCUCCAACUUUUCCUUAGUCUCUCUCACUCCAGGGGACAUUAGGAGAGGACCCUGGGAGCAAGGUUGUGGACUAAUGCAUGAAACUUCCACUACUACAUGAGAAGAUGGAAAAUUGUUGUAUUUUAUUUUAAUGCAAUAAUCCACUGAGUGUGAAACCCAGAAAACCAUGAACGCCAGAAAUAUUUAUGAAUUAUUAUGCCAAUCAGGUGUGAGAAAACUGUACUAUAAACAGCAACAUGGUGAUUAGUUUGGUUUGAGCUUUGCUUGCAUAUCUUGACCUUUUUUAUGAUUCACCACUAACGAAAUAUUUCAGGUGUUCAUGGUUUUCCGAUAUGAACAAUGACAUCAGUAAGUGUGUAUGGAGAACAUUUUCUGGAUUUUUCUCAAGUUGUCUUCUCCAUGAUUUUUUCUCUGUAUAGCUCCUUUACAUUUGAAGGGUUUUCAGUGGGUUCCUAAGGAGAUUCUUAUGUUUUAAAUGUCUCUUCACAUCAGUACUGUCUGCUGUUUUUAAGACACACUCAAAUCUUUACAUAAACCUCACACUGGGUAUGAUAAUUAAUAACUGAAUAGGAUUUCAAGAGCUGAGACUAGACCAACCAAGUUGCUUGAUUUGGCUGAUCUAUUUUUGCUUCACUCUCAGUUCAAUCCAGUGACCUGUGACCUGUCACCUAAGUAUUUUAUGAUUACUUGUUUUGUCAGGGAGCUGUGUUUAUGGGAUACAGAUGAUGGCAUCUGUAUACAAACUAACAUCAUUCCAGGGAUGCAUUUAGCUCUUCUGGUAAGAAUUAGUAUGUGUCAAUAAUGCAGCUUACAGUACAAAAUGUAGUAUACAAUGUAUGUAGCUGUUAUAGAUUAGAAAAACAACCUUGUUCUUAACCUUUUUGAAGUCUUUUAUACCUUUAUACACUUUAACUUAUGUGCAUGUAUGAUUCUUGUAUGUAAUAGUAAACUAAUCAACCAGUUUCUACAUAAAAAAAAUAAUUCCUACUUGGUUUCAAGGCUUGGGGGAUAUAAAAUCAAAAGCAAUAUUAUUUAAUCUUGAGGUUCAGGGAUUUAUGCAUUUCUUUCAUUUUAUUCCCCUAAGACUGAGAGCCAAGUAUGAAUGGAUGUUAACUCAGUCUACAAAUGUAGAUAUAAAUGAUUUGGUCAGCUGUCUCAAAAAGAAAAUCUGACUUUCUGAACUGUACCAUAUCCUUCCUGUGCAAAAAAUAAUUUAUUAUUAAGAGAAGACACCUGUGCACAGUUGCAAGUGAAAGCUGAUCAAACAGGAAAAUAGAUCGCUCUUUUUUACUAUCUGCAUGCUUGAAGAAGUGCGAAGUCAUUGGCAGGGUAAUUUCUUUUUUCAUUGGACUGCUCCUGGGCGAGUGAAAGUACUGUAAUUAAUUUGAAAAUUUAAAGAGGGUAUAAGUAGUACUCGUAUGCAUUACUUAAAUUUGAAAUCUUUGUUUUUGUUAGACAUUACCCAGAUUGAGUUUUGUAAACAUUAUCAGGGUGCAACAAAAACAGUGUCCUCUUGCCCCAGACAAGUGGUUUUGAUCAGUGGACAAGCAGGUUAAUCAAACCUACUUGUCCUUUGGACAAGUAAAUCCCCAGGAAAUAACUUAAAAGCAAAACAUACAGUAUACAGCCAGGUUUUUUCAAGCAUAAAACAGAUCACUUUUCUUGAAAGCAACUUACAGGUUAGAAAUGAAAAGAAACAGCACUGGUGCAAGUGACUUGCGAUUUAUCCACCAUUUUAUUUCAUUUUUGUGCACUGAAAGGGGCCUGGGACUCUUGGGGGGGGGGGGGUAGACUUUUGCAUUUCUUAAUAGAUCCCCUAGGUAACUGUUAGCUCGCACAGGCUAUUUUGGAACUGAACUGAACUGCAUUUGCUGACUGUAGGCUAGACCUCUUGUUUUUUUUUUUUGGGGGGGGGCUGGUUUUGUGAAUGCAGGAUUUACAUUAAUGUAUGAGAAGCACAUUAUUUGGUCUUUCUUGGUGUUAAGUGUGUAAUAUUAAAAGUUUAGGCUAAAUUUUCCUUUCUUGCAGUCUUUUCAUGUCACCACUGGCACAGGAAAAGAGUGGCGUGUAGUUUGUUAUGGCAGCUACUCUGAUAUUUAUGUUGUUGACGCCUUGUCACUUGAGGUAGAUACAAAUGUACAUGUAUAACAGAAGAAUGUUUUUUAGGUUUUUCACAUAACUCAAUGAUUAAGCUUAAUUUUUACUUUCAAGGCUAGGAGAGUUCAAAUGAUUUUUGGAUGUGCUAUGUACCGUUCAUAAGACGAGCAAGAGUGUAUUAUCAGGUUUAAAAACUCAAGGCGAAGCUAAGAAUUUUCAAACCAAAUAAUACAUGACUGCGAGUUUUUUGAAUGGCUUCAAAAUCUCCCAUAUAGUUCCUUCACCUCAUUCUUGCAGUAAUAUUUAGAUUUGGGGUUAUUUUGGUGUAAAAUAUUGGACUUAAACUUUAGCUGUGUAUAUAGAACACCCAUUAAACAAUCUUUUGUUUUCUCUUUAUGAAUUAUUAAUUCCUUUAUGAAGUGCAUUUUUUAUAGUUUGUUUUAGCGCCUUCACCAUCUUAUUCAGUAUCAGAACAUUUGUACAAUGCAAUGUUUAUUGUUGUGUGAACUUUUUGACUUUUCAGGUGUUGUACACAUUGCGUUCUCCAUCAGCUACAAACUGGAUCAGUGCAGCUUGUGUGGUUAGACCUGCUAGAAGACAAGGUGAUAAAUUUCAUUUUAAAUAUUCACAGUUUUUUAAUUUUGUUUGUUACAAUCUGUGUGAUCAUUUUUAUUUUCCUAGUGUAUUAAUUAAAAUGUCUUGGUUUAGAUAGGGCUGCAAUAAUAUUAUUGACAACUUCAUGUGAGCGGCUAUUUUGUGGGUAAAAUCCUUCCUGAGGUUAAACCAGCAUUCAACCUAAGUUACCAGGGUAAGAACCCCAGCGAAAAGCUAUCCCUUAAAUCAGUUGAAUACUGAUUUAACCUGGGAAAGGAUUUUACCCACAUUUACAUAUGACAGAUAUGGUGCACAUGAACCUUUAUUUUUAUCAUACAAUAUACAUAUACUGUUACUGUUAGUCUGUAAAAAAUGAGUGUAUAUAUCUGUGUAGCAACCUUUUAACUUUUCUAUUGACUACUUAAAGAGUUCACUUUUUCCCCUAAUUUCUGUGGUCCACAGAGGAUGUUGUAGUUGCUGUCUCCCUGUCUGGUAUGCUUAACAUCUGGAUGCUGAAACCAUCCGUUGAGUCUAAGGUAUGGCAGAUUGUGAUUGUCUAUAAAUCUGUGUACUACAUUGUACAGUGUACCAUUGGUAUUUUGUCUUUAUGGUAUUUGACUAACUAUAGAAUGCUUAAGUACAGCGCAUGCAAGUCUGUAUUACAAGAUGAACUAAUGCUUAUGUCAAUAAUAGAGAGCUUAUUAUAAGAAAAUACAAUGGGGAUGACAAAACAAGCAAUUUAAGCAAAGCAACAACAACCGCAUUUUUUGGUAGAUUUCUCCACCAUCCUUUGCACAACUACAAGGUGUCAUGUUUUAUAGGAACUGUCAACCAUGUGACACUUUGUACAUGUACUUAAAGAUAAUGGCAUGAUUCAUUAAUAAGGGCACUUUUACCAGUAAUAACAUUGUUUCUGCUUUUCUAAAGCACAGUAAACAGCUGCAUCAUAGAUUAUGAACUGAAAAUGUUUACAAUCUCCUUAUUACAGUACUGUGAUCCCACUUAUGAGCAAGAGUUGAAACAAGUAACAUUAGGGAACAGUAAAGCUACUGGGAUCUGCUGCAAUCCUUUCACUCAGAGAAGCAUCCUUGUUAUAUGUCCACAAGAAUGGCUGGUAUGUUUUUAAACUAUUCUCUGAGAACUAUUAUUACAUAACCAGUAAUAACCAAAGGUUACACAGUGCAGGCGACGACGAUUGGAGGACAAAAUAAUGCUCUUACUGUGCUCCAACGCUGUGUUUUUUGUAAGUUUCAUGUGAUAGAAGGUCAAAAAAGGCAUGAUCAGUUUAUGAGAGAAAUAAGGUCUGAACAUGCGUGAUCAGAUUGUGUACUGUGCAUGGCAUUCAUUCUUAGAAGUCUAAACAAAGCCUGCUAAAUACAUGCUGCUCAUGUGUAACAGUAACUAGUUGGAGAUUAGGAUUGUAGGCUCCUCUUGUUGCCUGCAAUAUUAGAUUUUCCUUGCCCUUUAUAUUUGCUUCUAAUUUUCUGCUGUACUUAAUAAUACAUAGUUGAUAUUCAUUAAUGUACAAUGUCAUUGUUGUGGAAGUGGCGGGGGGGUGGGGGGGGGGGACUUAAUAAAGCUGGUCCCAUUCUUGCUGUCACCUGAGGAAGAAGAUAAAUGCUUGGGGGCGAGGGGUACAACAUUGAAGAUAAUUUUUAGCACACCUGGCUUUAUCGACUGUUACUGUAAGCAGUUGUUCCUUCUUCUAUUUUUCCUUUCUCAAUAAACUUUGUUCUCUAUUUGAUUAUGUAAUUUUUAAUGCUGUAACGUAAAACAGUUGAAAUAUAUUUUUUCUAUUACAGUAGCAUUUCAAUAGUUUUCCACCCUUCUUGUUUCUUCUUUUACCAAUUCUAGCUGUAUGAUGCUGGGGACUUUAAGUUCCUAACGACAGUUCCCAGUCCUCCAGGUCAGGUCUGGAUGGGAGGAGACUUUGUUGCUGCAGACUGUGUUCUAGUCUGGAGUAGGGUAAGGUCUUCAUGUAUAUGCAGCUGUAUGCAAUAUAAUGCCAUAAAAUGUUACAAAAUGAAAGUGUGUACAUUUUUUUUCUUAAAUUUCACUUCAUUUCUUGCCUUUAUGAGAGCUUUGUCACAGUGGAAUGAUAGUAUAUUAUUUUUUUCAUAGGAUGGUAAAAGCUACUUAUACAAGCUUCCCGCAUCGUAAGUCAUAAGAUUUUGGCAGCUUAACAUUUUAAGAGAGGCUUUAGGAGAAGAAUUUGCCAAUUAUAUUUUCCAAUUUUCAAGAGACUUUGAUGUGUCUUGGCCUGUUCAAGCUGCAGUACCCUGCAAGCAGAGUAUUAACAGUUUGGUGGUGUGAUCUGGCAUGCAAAACAUAGCUUCUGCUGCCAACCAUUUCUUUGGUCAUCACUUUUUCACACAUUUAUAUCCAUGGUCAUUGUGCUUCGUCACUUUUAGGGCUUGGUUUUAACGCUUAAUGAUUAUAUGGUCAGUAAUCUACUUACAAUCAUAUGAAUUUUUCUGUCUUUUCACCAGAUGCUGUCCUGGGGUUCAAGAGCAGCGCCAGGGUCAGUUUAAACUGCUUUCCUUUUUGUUAUUAAAUUGGGUCAGUUUUUUUGUCUACCUCUCCGUCAAUGAAGACAAAAACUAAAGACCUUAAGAUCGAAGUUUUCAGCCACGAACCUCAAACUCGAAGAAGUCACGUGACCAGUGCCUUGUCAUCAUGUUUGUAGUUUGAGGUUCAUGUUUGUAUGGCUAGACCACGCUUUAAGAGGUACAAUGUAAGCGAUUUACCACAAUGAUUUUUGCACUCAAAGACAUCACAAUCCCAUGUUUAAGAGAAAAUACUACUUUUAAGAACUAUUUCACUACAUAGAAACAUAAUUUUGAAGAAGAUUUCCCUGCCAAAAUAGAAGUGAAUGAAGGAAUGAAAACAAGCAUGGCAGCCUCAAGCUACCAUUCGCAAAACUUAAGUCCCCAAUAUGGGCAUACACAUACGUGAAACCACCAACCGCAAACUGCAGAUUGCUGUUUGCAGUAAGAUAGCCAAACCUUGAUCUUAAGGUCUCUCUCUUUUUAGGGAGCUUAAGCAACAGCCUUUUUUAGCGACCGACAUCAACCGGAAGUGGACUUUUUGCAUCAUUGGGUAGUGGUUUGGUUAAAAGUCUCGGGUAAAUCAUCUUUAUAAGAGAAAAGAAAGUUAGCAAUACAAAUUUGUUAGUGUCAAGGCAUACAAAAAAAAAGAAGGCCUCACUUCCGGUUUACAUGCAUCGCUCAAAAACGUCUUUGCUUUAGCUCCCUCCCUAUUAUAACAUUUACACAUCCUUUCCAGCUCUCCUGCUGAUGCAAAAUGUUGAACUUACUGUCAACAGGUGCUUCUUUCAAAGAUCCAACAGUUACUCAAGUAUUUGAGAAGUCAAGUCAACAGGUAUCAAAAUAUUAAUAAUACAUGUAGCUUGAAGGAGACAGAAGGGAUAUAUUUGAUGAAUGAACUGAAGUGACAACUUCAACAUGGAUCUUAUGUUAAUUUUGCCUACACUGCCCAGGUCCUCAUCAGGCCCAUUAUCAGGGCUCCAUGAUAAUGACCUUCACCUAGUGUCAAAAAAGCUUGGAUUUUUUUUUUAAAUAUAUAUUUUAUAAGAAUCAAAUUAAGUUUUGAUAACACUUAAGAAAAAGGUAACACAACGUUUCGAUGUCGCCAUGACACCUUUAUCAACUGACAAAGAUAAAAACUAAACACUAAUGACCUAAUAUAUGCGGUUUAAAAUGACAAAAUAAAGAACAAAAGUAGCAUAUACAUGUUUGCAAUUGUAAAUGAAAAUAAACAGUUUUGCCCAUAUGGAAUCUGAUAUUUGUGUGUUUAGUUUUAUAGCCUAGUAAAGAGUUCAUUACCAUUGUUUUUGUUAUUAUUGUUUUUGUCAUUAUUGUUGUUGUUGUUGUUUUUAUUAUUGAGUACAGCCCCACUCCACCCCCCAUAGGACAUACCGUGUAUAUUCGUAAACAGCACAAAAAAGUCAUGUGUCAGUUACAUGUAAACGCAGGAACAAAAAAUGAUGUUUCGAUGAUCCACUUUUGCCUCAGGGUUCUCCAACAGAUUUUGAUCCCGCUAUGUUCUUCUCUUAUGGACGAAGAGGACCUUUUUACAAGCUAUUACUGAAGGGAGGAUCAAAUGGAAGGUACAUUUGUACAGUGUAUCGAUUGCUUACUGUCAGUACAAGAUGUAUUGUUAUAUUCCUAGACUUUCACUCAACUAAACAGGGACUGCCAUUGCCAUUGCCAUUGCCUCGAGUCCUGAUGUUUCCCUCGACUUCGUCUCGGGAAACAUCAGGACUCUUGGGAAAACAAAACUAACUGUUUCCCUCGGGAUCUGACAUUAAGUGUAUAAUAUUAUUUAACACGAGGCUCAGUAUGUCAACCAAAUUAUUUUAAGUGAAACAAACAUUGAAAUUUUUUUUCUGAUACUCUAUACCUUUUCAACUAGAAUGUAGCGUCUGACACUAACAAUCCACAUUAAUCCUUGGCUGUCACUAGUUAAAACAUACUUAAGGCGGCUGGUUUUCACUAGCUACUUGGUCAGAGUCGGAGUAGUAUCGGAAGAGUAGGACUUUUUAAAACGAGCUAGUGAAAAUAGCGUUAUGAUUCUGCUUUCGACUUCGUCGUUUACGAUCAAGUGAAAACUAGGUUGUCGACUUCGUUGCACUUAUGACUCUGCUUACGACUUCGAUUUUUUAUUGUCACAAGGUCACAAGCGCUCUUACGACAGGGGCACCCAGCGGCAAUUUUCGGAAAAUAUCUGUUCGGAAGACGAUUUGAGAUCUAGAAUUUUCGGAACAUUUGUUGUAGAAUUUCUUGCUUGCUUGCCUCUCCUAGGAUUUUCGAACAUCUACAAAAUGGUAUAAUUGCCCAUUUUUAACGGAUUUUGACCCUAAAAAAGGCCACCUAGAAUUUUCGAGAGCCUUUUCCUGGCUGAAAUUUUCGAGAAGCUAAGUUUUUAUCCCUAUAAUUUUCGAAUCACUUGACUUUCAGCUAGGAAAUGAGAACAGAUGAAAAGUUUUUAGGGGAUAAAAAUAUGCCUACAUCUACCGAUUAAAUAAUAAAAUACGUUCAUCAAUGCUAUGUUAAGUGGUUUUGAACUAUAUCCUCGUUGGGUGCCCCUGUUACGACUCCGAUUCCGUACAUAUUAAGACCAAAAAAAGUGUAAGCCCCUACUCAUUUUCAUUAAAUAGCCAUCUCAAAUAGUUGGAGUUAUAUAAUAACACGUAGUUUAUCAUGUUAGGAAGUCAGACGUUUUAAAACCUCCUUUCCAUAGCUGAACUAGGUCUAAUUUUUCUCUGCCUUGAAAUCGUAGUGUGAGUAUCUGGAAGCUUAACGAUGUCAUCUCAAAAUCAGUCAAAGCCUUUGAUGCCAGUGCUCAUGGUAAGGCUACUUUGGCUUUUUGCGCCUUUGCGCUGCCGUUGCGUCUAUGUACGGUAGACUCUAUUAUUUUUAUCAAUGAGAACGUCUAAUUUUGUGUCUGACACUGACUGAAAACUUCAUUGAUAUUGCUUUGAUAUGAGAGAGCCUUAGAUUUGAGGACUAGGACGAGUACGGGAUUUAACUUAAAGUUUUUUCGCGUAUUCUCGAAAAAUAUUCAAUCCAGAGAGCUUCAUUGUACUAUUUUUCACCUGAGAAAUUAGUGAGGUUAUCUUGAUUGGAGAAGGCUCAGCCCUUUCGCGGUCGCAGAAUGAUUAAACUUCUAAAAUUUGAUAACCUGUUCCCGCCACUACGACAUUCUCGCUAAGACUCGUAGUAGAAUGACUACUACUAUCACUUUUUCCCGCCAAAAUGACGCUGGUUCACGCGUGAGCACUGCUUAGUAUUGGGAAAAUCUCUUACUCGUAGUUGUCUUCGUCUCAGAAUCUAAAGCUCUUUGAUGAAGCAUUUCAGAAAACCGGUAUAAAUGUUACCAAAAGCCCCUACCCAGUCCACCCCUCCCCCAAAAGAGACUAUUAUCUGCUGUAUCUUAUCAAACAUCCUCAUCAAAUGAAAUGAUCACAGAACUGACUAGAAAUGCUUGUACUUCAAAAGUUUCUCAUUAUAAUCAAUGAGGCUAUUGGUUAUUUUGAAGUUGCAGGUUGGGUCAAUGUUUUGUCUCAAAAUGGACAAUUUCGGGGAAGCGAUCACUUAUUAUUGGGUUAUGCAAAAAUGAUUGGUCAAGAUCCCCCCACCCCUCCCCCUAUAAAAAUAAUAAAACGGUUCCAUAUUGCAAUUCUGUACAACACCCAACCUCGUCCCCAGGGCUUUUCCUUUAAAAAAAUGGGUGGGGCGGGAAAAGGCCCUGGCAUCGGCUGGUCACGUGCACAGCCUAAAUAUUCCGAGAAGCUAAUUUAUAUGCAACCCGCUGGCUUUGCGCUGACAGAAGGGAGUAACAACCGCCCCACCCAUUUUUCAUGGGAAAAGCCGUGGGGACGAGGUUGGUACAACACCGUCGACUCAGACUACGGUCACACGGCACUGGACGAAUUUUCGACCUGUUGAAAAUUCGUUUGUUUAGGUGUUUCGUUCACACGGAGCCUCCUUAACCGUAUGAAAAUUUAGACACCUAGCGGUUCAAAGUUCCGUUUAAACAGAACGGUCAAAUUUUUCAGCCGGUCGAAAAUUCGUCCGGUGCGUCGAAAUGGCCGAUACAAGGUACUUUGGGUUGGGGUGGAUUUUCCAGAAGCCGGUUGCGUGAGAAGGUUACACCCUUGAGUAAGUGCUAAUAAUGAACUUACGCAACCGGACGGGAGAGACAGGGGAGGAAAGAAGACGGCAAACCUUGUGUGACAAGCGUGACAAUAAUUUUGUUUGAAACAACUUUUCGCCAGACUUUUUCUUUAAAGAGAUCUCUUUGUAAAGGACCAGAAAACAUUGGUGUUAAGUGAAGAUCACGACAAAACACGCAAGUAAUAGCCAUGUAGCGUUUGUGACACACAAGUGUUUUGCCGUCGUCUUCUUCCUGUCGUCCUGUUGUGUAAACUCACUAUUAUGUCAGAUGGUUAGUUAGGCGUCUAAUGCAGGGCUCGAGGACAAGAAGAAGUCUGGGACAAGAAGAUUUUCUUGCUCUGGGCAACUAACUUCUAAACGUACUCUUGCCCAAUGGGUAACGGCCCAGGCAAGCCGUCCUCUAACAAAUUCUUCAACUAAGACAAGCAAGAAAUGACCCUGGGCAAGAAAAAUGUGAGAGCUGCUUGUCCAAACGAAAUGCUUAAAUUUUUCCGAGCCCGGCUAAUGUAUGUCGGUUGCAGUUGUACGAAAGUGUUAGAAAGGAAUUGGGAUCCAGUGCUUUAUCUUUUAUUUCAGAUUUGCAAUGUACAUUUUUUGAAUAAUUUAUCUUACCAACCAUUUCUAUCUCGAUGUCUUAACUUACAGCAGGUAUUGUGCCAGUGGUUUCCUGUAGUUACGCCGACUGCUGGGAAAUGAGAGUCAAACCUUGUGGAUUGAUUGACUCACUGGUAAGAAUGUUGAUAUUUUCACGCUUCACGUUUCGGGCUUCUUGUUGGGUCGUUGAAACCGCUGGACACAAAACCUCAACUGGGUCGGUGUUAUAUUGUCACAACCCACCUCAUAAUGACCAAUACUUGACCUUUCCUCCUUUGUUUGUAAGUAUUUAACUGGCUUGUGUGGUUCUUUCUUUACAGGAUGAUCUUGGAGGAGCUAUUCCAGUUAGCACCUCACUGUAUUUACCAGCUCAAGACUGCAUUGUGUGUGGACGUGAGGAUGGUUCCAUUGUUAUCAUUUCUGCCGCCAGAGCAGCUAUUGUUCAGUUACUAAAGCUUCCAGGCUCAGGUACAAUACAUUUUCAUCGAACAGCUACUUGAUCAAUGUACACGACCUUUUGAUUUGUCCACCAUUAGCGCUUCAGAAUUUCAAGCCAGCUUUAUCCCCAUGAACGCUCACUCUCUCUCUUCUAACUUUGCGGCGGAUGCGUGGAAAACUAGUGAUCACGAGGGUUUGUUCGUUGCUUGUAGUGUAAUAGCAUGUUUUACACCACAAUGAUGCACUGGGUCAAGCAAAAACCCUGCUAAUCAUUCACUGAACUCUUACAUGAUCCUCACAUUUUUUCUGUUCUUUUAUCAGGGUGGCCUACGCAUCGAGUUCUGUUAGGACACAGAGGUCGAGUAACCUGUCUGCUGUACCCUCAUGAAGAGUAUCCUCGCUAUGACAGGGAGUUUCUGGUUUCAGGUGGAGCUGAUUUCUCCGUGAAACUCUGGGAUAUUUUCACGGGUGACCUGUUGUAUACGUUUUCAACGCACGGUGGAGAAGUUCUUCGACUAAGCUGCACACCACCUGACUGCAGUGUAAGUGUACUGCAAAAACUACUGCGAAUUCAAGUCAUGUUAAUUAAUCUUUGUGGCGUAGUGAUUACAUUCCUUGUGAACCAAUUAUGCAUGUAGCUCUCAAAGGUGUUGGCACAUACAUGUAAAAGACUCCAUCUACUGUAUGACCCAUUGCCGCGAGAAACUUUGAAUUACUGUUAGCAGUUGAAAUGAUUAGAGAUUAAGGAUUAAAACCAUCCGCUAGUGUAAGUCACAGUCUGCUCGUAUUUUGAUUUUGUCUUGUAGAAUCGUGUCCAGGCCUGCAUCUGCUCUGUUGCCCAGGACCACUCGGUUGCGUUGUUGGGACUGCGCGAGCGGAAGUGCAUCAUGCUGGCUUCUCUUCACGCAUUUCCGGUGGAAACUAUAAAAUGGCGAGCUUUGGAUGACUUUUUAGUUGUUGGGUGUACUGAUGGUUCAGUGUACGUGUGGCAAAUGGAGACAGGUAAUUUUUUAUUCCCUGAGUUUGACCCGCACUCGAGAGAUUCAUAUCCAAGGAACAAUUGACUGAUAACUGGCCUCUCUUACUGUUUGACUUUAAGUGCUAUUGUCAACGUUUCUAUAGUUUAAAAUAAUGCGAGUUUGUUACGUCUUUCUGAAUCUUGUAGGGAAGAAAUUGACACUGAAUUAAAAACGAGCGAUGAACGACGUGAGAAGUCAUGACCGAUGACCUAAAACUGGCUUUACGACCUUGACCUCGGAGGGUCGUGACUUCGAAUCUCAUCUUGCGCUCGGAACUUUUUCUGAGCUUUCCGAUGUUAGAGAUAACUGUUUCUUCUAAAAUUUUGCAAAAUUUAAUGUUGUACAAUUUUUCAUUCGCUGGUAAAAAAAGAGUAACAGUUGCGUCGUGCUUGCAGGACAUCUGGAUCGAUGCGUGAGUGGUCAGGUUGCCAUAAACAUCUUAGCAGCGUGCGAUGAGGAGAAAAAAUCCACGUCAGUUAGUGUUCCUUCCAAAUCCAAAAGCACCUUCGGACGUAGAAUCAGCCACAUCGCUUCUAACCUACCGACUAGCGCCGCCUCGGCUGCAGUGAAGAAACUAAGAAAGAGCAGUCAUCAGUAUACAGCGAGUCCCUCGGCGUCACCAAAACUAUCCAGUAAGUGGAGUAGAGAGGUUAGUGGCGCAGUUAUAGAGCUGUGCUGGAGGCGUUAGACUUGCAAUCCAGAGGACUUGAGAGCUAUCCUAGUGAACCGCUAGCUAGAUUUGUUCUUGAUAGCCCCUAGUUCAUCUCCUCGGCAAUGUUUGUAAAUAGCUAAGUGGUUUACCUCCAGCCAGUUGGAAUUUUUUUUUCAUGUUUACUGCAAAAUUUGAUUUUAUCCUUACAUGUUUUAGUGGGCCGCAACAGCCUCCUCCUCAGGCGCUUCGUUUUUCGCUUUGUAGAGGCGAGCGACUGGUAAUGAACCGCAAGGGACCAUGGGGAGGGUACAGACGGCUCUCCUUCCCGCCUUCCUUUGCGCGCACAUUUUUAUCGAGAGAGAGACGUCUGGGCACGAGGCAGGGGCCGCAAUGUAAACUACUUGGUUACACCAGUAAUUGUGCUACCCCACUCACCCUUUUUACUUCGUUUUCGUAAGAAGAAGGGUAUUAUCUGUUCCAUUUCGAGCCAUUUACAAGCGGAAAAUGGGUUAUUCUUUUCAUGAGAUGUGAAAUAUAGUAACUUUGAAAACGAGGAUUUUAUCAGUGUGUAAAAGAGCACUAAGGUUACGUUCCUUCAUCUCAACCCAACGUUGAAAGAAGCCCAAGAGGUGUGCCCUAGCUACUGUCAUUGGGUUCGCUGGCUUGGGUAGAGAUGGUCUUAGUAUUAAUUAGUAAGUAGUCAUCAAGGCACUCAGCCAAGGACGUACACGGGUCGGAAUUGCGAGUGAUUCUUUUCUGUUGCAGGAAGGGCCAGGUAGCGAUGGCGAUGGUAGCUCACCCAAUUUUGUGUAUGUGUGUAUGUUUGAUUUGUAGGUGAAGGUUAUGGCGAGAUGGUUACUGGAGGCCCACUCAAAGUUAUGUCCACAAAGUGUGGAGCGAGAGAUCCUGAAAUUCAAGUCCUUAUGUUCGACAUUGAAGUACUUAUUUGCAAUUUGUUGACUGAGGAAAAUCCUCUUCUUGUUGGUAACUGCUUUUUAUUGAUGAUUUGUUAUCCUUCUUACCCAUUUAACUGUUAACCCAUUAAACCCUAAUAUCAAAAUUUGAAUUCUCAUUUGUUGCCCCUAUUCAUUUCCUACAGAAGUAGUGGGGAGAAGUUGAUAAAUUAUCAAGCAAAUUCAUCUUGUGUGACCAUGUCCUCAAUUCUCAUGACCAAACGAGCGCGAAUGUAAACUAACAUUGAAAAACACGUGAAAGCACACCUCAAGGGUAAUGACGUCAUUACUAAUGUCAUCUCCGCCAAUCAGCAUUUCGUAUCGAGUUUUUCGAUGCAGAUCUUCAAAUUCCAGAGAUAGUUGCAAACUCUCCUCCUUUUCCCGCCCUGCCACCAGAGCGCCCCGGAGAGCUUGCUCGCAGGCUAUCACCUCUGGCCAUCGUCCGAAAAUCAUUUUAAUUCCUGAAUCACUGGUUUUACUUUCUGAUAGCAUUGGCUGAUAAUGUGAUUCUUCUUUGAAGCUAAACCCUCGGGAAAACCUGACGCUUCAAAGAUGGCUGUGGGAGGAAAGCGACGUAAACCCUCGGCGCCACAACAGACAAGGAGUGGAUCACCACAGAAAUCGUCUUCGGAACAAACCCACAAAAAGUCUGCGUUUGUGAAUGAAACACAUUUCGUAGCUCAACUAAUGAUCUCCUGCCUUCACUCCUGGGAUCUGGAUCCUAACAUGGACGAGGUCUGCGUCGAAAGACUGGGUCUGCUAAAACCGGUUAAACCGGUCUCGUUUGGGUUACUUACUCGUGGAAACAGGCUCUCGUUAAUGCUACCCGGGUGGUAUGGGGAAGAUUCUGGUGAAAGCAAUGUUGAUGUUAGCACUGCCUUGAAAAAACUUGCCGGUGACCAAGCCAUGCUAGUGGACAGUGAAGAUAAACUGCAGCAUUCUUCGGCGCACAUUGUUCCGGCUCUGAGAUAUUGUUUUCAAUCGCGUUGGCAGCUCUCCUCGGCGUUAACAACCUUACAUCUUGUAGGUCUUGUGUCAGUGGCAAACACACUGAUGAGUAUGAACCAGAUCAGUUUUGUUCCCAAAGAAAAGCGACUUGCGUUGUUAACAAACACAGCUUUAGAUAUUCCGUCAAGCUCUUCGAGCUACGAUGAGAAUGGACAGCCACCCGGCAUGAGUGACGUGGACAUACAACUUGCCAUGAAUCACCGCGCGCAUAUUAAAGCCGGGUGGAGUCAGCUGGCCGCAUUGCACUGCUGUCUUUUGGCUGAUAUUCUCAAGGUGUCCUCUUAUAAACCGCCACUGUUGCAUAUUUUGGCGAGGAGGUGGCAGGACCGAUGCCUUGAGGUAUUUAAUAGGGAGGUUAAAGUUAAAGCAACCUCGAUACGAUGUCGACGGCUACAAAAACAUCACUAAAAAGUGAACUCGCGCCGUUUCAAACUUUAUUGCUCUCAUUCGAGCUCGUUCAAUUUGACAAAUUUUUACGAAUUUUUCUGGAUUCGACAUCUAAGGGACUGUAUUUCUGUAUUUAAGUUAGCAAAAAAAAAGAAACCUUCCCAGAAAACUUGCAACUAGGAAGUUUCAUGUCGUAAUCGUGCAACGACGGCAAAGAAAUGAACGAAAAAGGCGUGCCGCACGUGCAAACUUGUUCUUUUUGCUAAUCUCAAACUAUUGUGUUUUUGCCGUCCUCGUUGCCAUCCCCUUCGUUUGUGCUGAUUCUCCUAAUUAUUGUGAUAUCGCCAUUAUGUUAUAAUCAUCACUGCCACGGAACUGUAAGCAACAUAUAUUACCUUGUAAAAAUACUUUAUGUGCAUGCUAGAGUACCUCACAUUCUAUUUUCUCUUCUAUUUUAUUUUUGCAUGCUUUAAUAACUCUAUCAGAAACAUCACUGACGCUGUUAAUGGUGAAAUUACCGAAGUAUCGCUUUGAGGCGGGCCCUCUCUAUGCACCUUCGCUUAUUUUUUCAUUGAUUUUUAUCAUUAUAAGAUGGCCGCCUGAACCUGUCCUGGUAUGUAAAGAGUGUACUAUAACAAACUCUCUGGCUGACAUCAACUUAUUAAUGCCUUAGUGCAUCUAGGACUUCAGAAAGUCUUCUCUGCCAUUCUCCUCCUGGUAGACCACUUCGAGAAAGCAGUAAUACUCGCUGUAGUUUCGGUAAAAUAUUGUUCUCCAUGGUCACGUUGUUGUCUUUACACUCCUUUUUUUGAGAACCAGAGAGACUGUACUUUCCCUGGCGUCUACCUAUCGACCGUUCCGGCCAAAACACACGAGACUGCCCUAAUGGGUAGGUCACAGUCUCAUUAGGAAGAUAGGGGGACUAGUACUACCUUAAUUCUAGCCUGUGCCAGGCUCUCGGAUAGUAGAGACGGCGCGAAAACAAGCCAAGCGAAAAUAAGACGCGCGUAAUCUGGGGAAGGAUGUUGAGGCGGGAAAAGGAAGACCCUCCCUGCACGUUUCUGACUUCCGUGAACUCUCACGAUCUCUGCACAUUACUAUCUUGUAGCCUGCGUAAUCCUGUCAUGUUUACUUCAGUGACAUUUUGUUUCGUCAGGUCCGUGAAGCAGCCCAGGCUGUUCUCUUGGCUGAACUGCGAAGGAUUGGGUUUGAGGGCCGCAAAAGGGUGGUGGAUACCUGGGCCCCACAGUUACCCAAGACACUGGACACCCAGAGGGUAGGCGAGGAUAAGCCAGACAAAUCUGAUGCAGCCACACCCACUCCUCCCAGUCCCCUUUUGGGAUUUGGUGAGUACAUCGAUGUCUUAAGCCCUGCUCAUAUUCGUGCUUUCAUUCGUUUCCUCGUUUUGCCCUUUCAAGUACUGCUAGAUACGUACCUUCCUUACAAAUUACUUGGUCUCUAAAUAACGCGCAACGAUUUCCAAUGAAUGUUUCAACUGUCUUUCUCUUCAAUUCAGAGCGUAGUGGUGAGGUUCAAGGAGUUGAUGACGAAGUCCUCUUCCCACCUGAUGACGUCAGCACCGUUUUGACCAGCGUCAAGAAGUUGCUCCAGUAUGACAUGCGCCGUCGCCAAGCAACUGCCAUCGUGCUGAUGGGUGUCAUUGGCGCCGAGUUUCAGCGUGAAAUUGAGGUUUACUCGAGUCGCGCUGGUGAGAAAAAAAUGAGUACGAGCUCUCGACGCAUUGACAAACUGAGUGAAACCCCAGGUAAAAACGCACGUAAAGAUCUUCGCGGAUGUAAGUGCUGUUUUUCUAUUAAGUCUUUGCUUGUUAACAAGGAAUAUUAAUUAUUGAAUUAAUUAAUAACAAAUUAUGAUAAUUUAUGUCGCUGACAAAUCAGAUAAUGCUUCCUCCAAUAACUUAAUAUUAAUAGCUUGCUAAUUGACGACAGUUCAUAUCAUAGCGGCAUUUGAGGGCAUUUUCGCCCUUAGCUAUUGAAAUGUCAUUUGUGAUUAAUUCGUCAGCAUCAUCGCAUUUCAGAGCCACUAGUUGUCUUCCCAGUUGCCUUUCAACGGCAUAUUGAUUGUGUUCACGGGGUUGUGCCAGUAUCGUAGAGGAGUGAUUGUGUUGGGAUGUGCCAGUAUCGCAGGGUUAUUCAGUGCCAAGAACGGGCGGAGGGAAAAAGAAAAGUUGUUUUCCGUCGUAGAAACAGCUAGUUUGCCUUCGUCCUUCUUCAAUGUUCACGAUUUGUGCGCCAUGAAUCAGUGAACCGGAACUGGAACAACUUAGUCGAGAAUAAAGCGACAGGAACUAGUCCUUUCCCGCAUUCUUGUAAACAAAGGCACCAACUCGAGGCUUGGGUGAACAAACUAUAGUGCUUUGUAUGAAAGUGUCCAUCCGAGCCUGGUCCUCAUUUCUUUAUGUUUGCUCACUGGCGCGGAAUGCGGGAAAGGUCUAUAGAACGUGCGUUAUUACUUUACCACUCAGUGAUCGAUUUUAAGUCACAGGCGAGUUAGCGCUUAUUCAUUCGACAACAUAAUUAAACCAACGAAUACUACUCUUACUGUUUAGUCAACCAAUCAAAAAGCGAGACCUUAUCUUUCAUCCCCCUCAUUAUAUUCAUGAGAUAAAGAGAAAAACGCUAUGACGUCAUCGGCGUUAGCGUAUUCGACUUCAUGCUAACGAGAUUUCAUUUCGAAAAGAGGAUAAUUCAGUCCCCACUAUACUACUCUUGUAAUGUUGAAAAAUGAAUUGUACUUGACAGGUGGUGAAGCAAUCAUGGAUUACACGACAGUGCGUCACACAGGCAAAGCUCUCAUGUAUCUCUUGCUUAAGCCUCCUUCGUCUCAGAUUACAGCUCACACAUCCGUCAGGCGGGCAGCCAUUGAUCUUAUUGGUCGAGGCUUUACGCUAUGGGAACCUUAUAUGGAUGUGUCAGCGGUAUUGAUUGCUUUGUUAGAGCUUUCCGCUGAUAGCAAGAACCGCGACCUCACCUUCAGAAAAGGUUUACCGCUGUCUCCAUCAGCAGAUACUCACCGCUCAGCAAGGCAUGCACUGUCACUCAUUGCUACAGCUCGACCUUCGGUCUUCAUCGCAACUAUUGCAAAGGAGGUAAAAAAAAUUAUCAAACAGUUACCAGUUGCCGGGUUUAAAGUAAUUUUGGACACGUUUUAGCUCGGUCAUGGCUCGUUUCUAAUCGGUCGAGAUGUGGAAAGCUAGCAAUUAUAAACCGUCAAUUGGCAUUCACAAAGCCGCAGAAUGAGACCGUCAGACGGCGUCUCAUCUGUAUUCUCCUAAUUUAUAACUGCAUUUUAUAAUUCCACUGUUUUUGAAAAUUUACAGAAUUAAUGUGAAUAAAUCUACUUUCCAGUUAUUUACUUGAAAGCCAUGCACUUGAUCGUUCAGAUUGACCGGCCAACUGUCCGGACAAAUGUUGGUCGGGACAUUGUCCGUUUACCAGCCGUCAUUUUGAGCCCUGAGUUACCAUAUGAGAAUAAAAAUUUAUGAAUUUCACAUCACUUUCGAAACCGUACAAUUAAGCUACAAAAUUGAUGAGAGGUUUUUAAGUAUGCAAAACAAACGGUGCACAUUAACGAAUGGCGGUAGAACUGUUUAGUGCUGAAAAAGCAAGUCCCGGUACUGGUUACAUCAAUACCCAACAAAAACUAAGCUUUUGCGUUUAAAUGAGCGGGUUCAAUUUUUACAUAACCUGAGAUUAGGUCCAAUUUGGCCGUUCUCGUACAUUCUCUCUUACGUAGCCGAAAUCCUGAUCUCACGGUUACUUCUAUACAGUUAAAGAAAAUCGGAUGAUCGGUUUUUAUUUGUUUACAAAUUUAAGACAUUGAUUUUGUUGUUUUGUAGCAUGCCUACAUUUGUUGUAUAUCUCUACUUUUGAGUGCUACCCAUAAUAUGUGUGCUAGAGACAAACUUUUCCCCAUUUUUUCAAUGUUGAUGUUUCUUAUAAAACUAGGUAGCCCGCAGUGUUGCAGCGGCGUCAGCCAUCUCCUUUAACCAGCCUUCCCCAGCAGCCAUUGCGGUAUACAGUCACGUUCGUCACCAACCUUCACAGAACGCAGAAACACAGAGCACGUCGAUUUUAAACCGAGCCAAGCAGGAGAUACUAAGAAUUAUUGACCUGAUGGUAGAAAAGACACAGCAGGACGUUGUUGACCUUCUUACAGAUGUAUGUACCUUUUUACCAAUCUUGCACGUUAUCUCCUUGCUCGGUAGAAUUAUUUCCCCUUGAGCUGCGUAUUCCGUAAUCCAAAACUAUUAGGUAGUGGGUACAAGCUUUCAGUGUUACGAUUUCUGGGAUGGUUUUGGGUGCACAAGCGUCACUUAUGGUUGGUUAAUGGUUGCCUUGAAUCCAAUCGACUAAUCAUGACUAACGCCUAUCUACCCAAAUGAUCCCAGAAAUCACUGCGCCCAACUUGAACCCAUUCUCCUUGGAGGGAAGAAGGCGAAUUGGGAAGUAACAGCAAAUAAGGUUAGGUAGCUAUUAUCAGGCGCGUAAACACCCUUUACACGGAAACCAACUCAAGGCGGCACUAAAUACCCCCUGCCCACCUCCGCAGUUGGAUCAUGUGUUCGAUGAAAGAGGCAGUGGUCCAAAGGUUUGUCAUCUAAAAAGCGAAAUGUUCAUCUGAUUAUCAAUGACAAGUUAAUUUUCUGAUUAGGUUGUGGAUAUCGUGAUUUACUGCUUGGAUCAAAGGCAACUGAAAGAUAAAGGAAUGACAGAGCUAUUCCCUGGGCUUUGUAGGUGAGGCUUAUGGACUAAGAUCCCGUUUACACGGGUCCGAACGGAGUUGUGAACGGACAAUGACUUGCACGGAUCCGGCUUUUGUUUACUCGAGACCUGCACAACCGUGCAAGUGUUUGGACGACAAACAGUAUUGCAGUCUUCUGGGAAACUGCCCACCUACCCCUCUCACAAGCCAACAUUAACACUUUCUUCUCACUUAGGGCAAAAUGGUGGCUCAGGGGAGGGGUAGGUGGGUAGUUUCCCAGAAACGUAUAAACCCAAAAUUUAUCCAUUCGAAAGUUUGUCUGGACCCGUGAAAACGGGGUUCGAGUCUCUUGUUCUAUAUGCAUACUAAUUGUAACAGUUCAUGCCGGUUCUGUGAUGGUGUUAUUGAUAUUUUUGAUAGGGUUUAUAGUGGGAAAUGAUAGUGUACUGUAUGCAUUUCGUCCUCACAGAUUCAACAUGGUCAGCUACUCGCCCCAGUCCCGCCGCCUUGCCGUUGGUGCAAAGAAUGGACAGCUUGCCCUGUAUGAUCUGCGAUCGUCACGAUGCCAGGUGAAAAAAUUCUGUUAUAAAUUAACCUGAGACUAGGUUCUGUUUGAGAAAUCGACAGUAAUUUUCCAUUAUCUAUACUCUUAUCGACCAUAAAAACGACGUUGAAUGGUCGAUUUAAGAAUUGAUUCAUGCUCAGCGUGCUUAUAUCGAGUUAUGGAUUCACGCAGGAAGUGUGGCAAGCACGAGGGAAGCACUUAAUUUGAGUGUCAAUAUAUUUAGCACGAAAGUACUAAUUGGGGACACUAUUUUUACGUCUCCUACUGGAGAUGGGAUCGCCGUUUUACGCUGUCAUCUGAGCCACGCGAAGGUUCAACAAUUUUAAGGUCAAGGGCAGAAACCUUAAUUUCUCAGUUAUCUUAGUAUCUUGAGUAUUGGUCCGGUCCCGGGAAUCGAACGCGCGACCUCCCGCCCUGCAGUCAAGCGCUCUACCGACUGAGCUAAUCCUUUCGCGGUUUAAACUCUACUCUCCGCGUAGCAACUCUAGCUUCUUCAUUGCGGAAUAUGGGUUAUUCUAAUCCGAGAUAAUGGUGGCUAAGUAGGCCGGUAACUGCCAAAACCUAUCACUAUUGAGAGACUUCAGCUACAGUGAAGCUACAUUUAGACGAAAGAUUUUUCCUCGUCGAGGCAUAGUUUAAUAGUCGUUACUGAAAUCACUGGAAAGUCAACCUCUAUUUGCGUGUCACAAACUGGUAGAAUAAAGCGAAGUUAUUGCUUGAAACGCAGUAGUUUUGUCAAGUUCCCACUCUCAGAUGAUUGAAUACUGGGCAUCCUAUUCGGAGAUCAGGGCAGGAGAAGUCCUUCUAAAGUUGCAUUUCGUUUCCUUUACAGAUGGUGUCAGCUCAUUCCUCUCAGGUAACGGCGUUGUCUUUCUCACCAGACGAUCGCGUUCUUGCUUCCUACAGCUUCGGGGACUCCAAGAUCUGCUUCUGGCAGGUAAUGAAAAGGACUGAAAACACUGAAUACGGGGAAGGGAGGGCCAGGGGGGCGUUUCGCUCUUUGUUCGCAACUCGUAAUAAUUAGUAUCCACGUGUAGUGUCUUCCAAAUAGACCAUUGCCAAAUCCAGACCUUGAGAUAAGGUGGGGCGGGGGGCGGUCUCCAUAAAAUUUUUUUCCGCCCUUGGUGCCUCAGUUUGGUCUAAAAAUAAGGGGGACCGCCCCCUCCCCCCCCGGGCGCCAACCUGGGAUCCGAAACUGUAGACCCUUCCACGAUCUUUUCAACUUUUGACUGGGACUAGUUAGCAAAAAUCUGUCAACACGGCUGGAAGGACAAGGGGGGUACUCCCUUAUAUAAGUCGUAUAGGUAUGCGCUGCCCCAAAGGGUGGGGUUUUUGGGCCUUUUUGGUGUGAAAACGGGUAUACACUUUGCCGAUUUUGGUCUGGAAUCGGGUGUGGUUUUCGAGGGAACUACGGGAGCGUAUGAAUGAAGUUGUCGUUUCAACUCCAAAUGAAUAAGAACGAAAUAGAAAUAUGCGAAUUCAAAAUGCAUUUGAAAAAUUUUUUGUUUGCGCUCUAAUCUAAGUAAUGAUGACAUAACCUCUGCCUAAAGGCCAGGUAUGAAAACGGGUAUGGAGUUUAGAGGUCUGGUCUGAAAACAGGUGUGGAAAAUGAGAUAACCGGGCAGCACAGCCCGACGAAGAAUUCCCAGGAGCAACCCCACUUCCGCCCCUCCCCCCUUGGGGUGUAAAACCAAUACAUUUUCCAAGUCUGACAGCGAUUUGUUGAUUUGUUGAAAAAUAUGGAAGAGAUAUCUCGUGCAAAGUCGCAGAAUGUUACAGACAUUUGUAUGGUGGGGGCCAAGUUUGUGCCCCUGACCAUACAAUCGUCUGUAAAAUUCUGCGAUUUUGUGAAGCAAUAUCUUCGCUCACUUUUUACGUAUCACCUGUUCAUUUUGUAAAAUGUCCUUAUUUUCAAGGCGCUCUUUCCAGUAGUGUCGAUGGAUAUUCGCUUACUGGUCUUAAUUAAAAGUUGAAAAAACCCGUCGAAGGGUUUGUUACCGAUUAUAUUAAAGGAAGGGCGCGUUUCAGUGAACAAGAAAAUUCCGAGCGAUCCAUGCAUUUAUACUUUGCCUUGGCUUCUCCUAAAUUUCUAGAACAGAAGGACAACCUCGCGAUGAAACCGUAAACUUCCAUUUUUUUCCGAGCAAUUUGUGAAUUUAAUGGUUUGAGUUUCAAAAGUCGACUUUUUUUUGGAUUGUGUUUCAGAAUCUUUUUCUAGCAAAUUUCAAUUUGUUCUCGUUUAUACAUUUACGGUAUUUUGAUCGAAUAAAAAUCGCCCUCAUGUGGUGAGAAAUGUAACUAGUCACAUGAGAGUCCUACAGCACUUUCUUUUUAACCGUUGCAGACUGGUUCGUCGCUGUUUGGCAUGUUGGGAUCGUCUCUUAAAUGUGUGCGAUCUUACACCACGGUUUCCCCGUCGCCGAAAAUGUCUCCUGCUCUAUUGAAGCUUAUACGGCUGGUGUGGAUUAAUCACAAGAAUGUCAUUCUACUUAUGGCAGAUGGGACGGAAUACAAGUAUACUGUUUAGGGGAAACGAUACAUUCUGUUCAAAGAACAACUUGUAACGAUUUUACUAGGUCUUAAAACGCAUGCCAGCAAGAGAGACUCGUUUUACAUAAGAAUUUCGUUAAAUGGACAUUGCAAAGGAUUUUAUUCUGGAGGUGUUCUUCCGGUGAAUUAAGUAACUGUGGACUCUACACAAGACGUUUGGAGUACAUUAUUGAUGGGAAAAUGGAAGCGUUCAAAAUAAAAUAAAUUAUGUGAUUGAAACUCGUUUGUUGAUUUCUUUUCAAUGAACAGUAACGCUUUCGAAGAAAAAAAGUUUUUCAUUGCUUUUUUUUUUAAAUGUGUGAUUUAAGUUACAUGAUCAGUUCAACCUGUUUUAGGUUUCAUUUUACAGGGAAAGGGGCUUCCU